UAAUUUUAAUUGGUUAUUAAAUAUGAAUAUCUUGAAUAUUCCAAUCAAAAUUAUUGAACAUUGCACAAAUUCUAAGGCAUUAGAUUAUUAACCUCAUUUAAACAAAUCAUCACAUCAAUAUUCUUACGAGUAGUUUACACUUUUCCUACCCCUUUUAUUUUAUUCUGUUGGUUAAGAAAUAUUUCAUAUAUACAGAGGGGAAUUAAUUAAAGUUGUGACUGUAUGCACAUAUAUGGAUUAUGUGUGCUUAUUCGCAAUGACUAUUAUUUUUGAUAGUAAUAAUAAACCGUGAUUACAACUGAACACAUCAUAUUAUGUACACACUCUAUGGUCUCAUAGGGAAUACAGAAGUAGUUGAAAUCACUCAAAUACUAUAGAAAAGAUCUUUUUCAGGAAACUUAAUUCAUUUCAUAAUGAUAAGAUAUGGAAUAAUCACUGUAGUAGUACUGGUUAUUGACUAAUAAUAAAUAAAUCAUCAUCAUAUUCUCAUUGUUAAUAAUUUUUUUAAACAUGUCUGGAGACUAUUUUUCAAGAACACCAGCUUUAUUAUACUCCUAUGUUGAUUCCGAUUAUAAAACAUUUCAAUUUAAAGUUGAUCAGAUCAAUGAUUCAAUAGCUCCGAUGACAACAUUUAGCUCAAAUAAUCAUCAUCAUAAUAAUUACACAAAUCAUUAUGAUCAUGAUUUCAAUGAUGUAUCAAUGAAGUAUGGAACACAAUCUAUUCUUCAGGUACUUCCGAAUAAUUCUCGACAUAAUAAUCAUUAUCAUCAUCAAAUAGAACAACAACAUCAUCGUAAUCAACAGGAUUGUUUGAAUAAUUAUUGUUCAUCUACAACAACACAUUUGACAGUAUUAAAAUUAACUGGUACAACUACUACUGCUAAUACAACAAUUACAUCGACAAAUAAUGUUAAAUGUUAUAAUAUUCAUGAAUCUGAUGAUAGUCAUUUAAAUAAUUCAAAUUUAAGGCAAAUGAAUCUUAGUAAACAAUCGAAUGUGAUUACAUCAUCUCAUUAUGAUAAUUCAUCAAAUGGUAAUAAUCAUUUAACAAAUGAAUUAUCCACUGAGAAUUGGUGUAAGCAUUCUCCACAAACAUUAAUGAAUUUGUCAGAAAAUGAUCAAUGGUUAGUGACAUCCACUCCUAGAUCACCUUUAACAAGUGAAAAUUAUGUUAAUGAUGUAGUUUCUAUUAAUCUCAGUACUAAAAUUGAUAAAACAAUUACUACUGAUGUACAGAUUAGUACAAUAUCGACAACAAAUCCUACCCUCAAUUGUAUAACAUCUACAAACAAUAAGAAUACAUUAAAAUUGUAUUCAGAAUCUAGAACAAAUCAAAAAUUAUGCCUAACAGAUAGUAAUAUCGAUUGUUAUGGUACAAAUGUAAAUGGGACUACUACAGAUGUAGAUACUAAAUGUUUUUUGCCGCCACCUAAUCAUAUCAUAUCAUCAUCAUGUAUUAUAAAUGAUCAUUCAAUAAAACUUAAUAGUCUACCAUUAUCAAUAUCAUCUUCAUUAUCGUCAUCAUCAUCGUCACCACCACCACCACCAUCAUCAUCAUCAUCACCAUUAUCGUCCUAUGACUGUACAUUAACAGAUUCUAAAAUACUGCCUAAUAAUUUAUGGUCUACAACACCUAAUUUACUUAAUAAACAAUUAGGGAAUAAUAGUAGUAAUACAUUUCCUACAAUUCAUGAAUCAUAUCCUAUUCAACCUUUAAUGACAUCUUAUUUAAAUAAUUCUUUAAAUAUUGAUUAUCAUCAUAAUCUUCAUCACCAUCAUUGUCAAGAUCAGCAACAUUCAACGUUCAAUAAUAAUGAUAAUAAUAAUAAUAGCAAAAUAUCAAAUUAUAUGCCAGAUAUUGACUCUCGUCCUUAUCAUCAUCUUCAUAACAUUAGUAGUCCUGAAGAGUCGUCUAGUGAAGCAUGUCCAACUCUAUCCAAUGAAACAAUGAAUUAUGAUACUGAACUAAACAGUUAUGAAUCACUUCAUUCAAUCCAAUCAUCUUGUAUAUCAAAUAAUCAAUGUAUAAAUAACGUUAACCAAUGUAAUAAUAAUGAACGAAAUCAUCAAGUCGAUGAUUGUUCAACAAUUUUAGGUUCGGUAAACUUUACCUAUUUGAAUUCUGUGCCAAUAAACCCAGUUUUACCAACAAUGACUACAUUUACAACGACAAUGACAACAACGACACUUACUACCACAAAACCAGGAGUAUCAUUGUCGUCAGUAGUAACAUCAAAAUGUAUUUCAAAUGGUUUCAUUAAUAAACAUGAAUCAGAUACAAUGAAAUCGUGUACUCAUGAGAAUAAUCCCACAGUGUCGCCAUCUAUGUUGUCAUAUAAUACUAUGAAUAUACCAUUUCAUAAAAUGUUAAUGAAAGGCACCAGUGAUAGUCAUGAACUAAAUGAUCAAAAUGACAACAUUGGUAAUGAAGAUGAUAUUGAUGAGGAUGAGGACGAAAUAGAAGAUGUGGAAGAUGGUGAUGUAAAUUUGGAACAUAAUCAUUCAACUGACUUAUCCGAUUGUGAAAAUGAUGAUGAUAAUGAUCGCAACGAUGAUGUAGAAGGUGCAAGUGUUACAAAACAAAGAGAUCGAAAUACAAUUAACAAUACGAAAUCUAAAUUAAAGGAUGAAUUAAAUAAAGAUAUGGAUAAUCGAAAAAAGAACAUUGGAGCUGGUAGACGAUCAGAAAAACCUCCAUAUUCUUAUAUUGCAUUAAUUGCAAUGGCUAUCAAAGCAUCUCCAUCAAAACGAUGUACACUAAGCGAAAUCUAUCAAUAUCUUCAUACACAAUUUCCAUUCUUUCGUGGACAGUAUACUGGAUGGAAAAAUUCAGUUCGACAUAAUUUAUCAUUAAAUGAAGUUUUUAUUAAAUUACCAAAAGGUAUGGGUCGUCCUGGAAAAGGUCAUUACUGGACUAUUGAUCCAGCAGCAGAAUUUAUGUUUCAAGAUGGUGCAUCAAGAAGACGACCAAGAGGUUUUCGAAGAAAAUGUGCAUCAGCGGCAGCAGCUACUGCUGCCGCCGCAGUAGCUGCAGCAGUUGCAGUAAAUAUUUCAUCAGGAAAUAAUUAUUCACAAAUAACUCAUGAUAAUACAAUGCAUAAAAUUUCUACAACACCUUUUGAUAGUUUUAAUUUAGGAAAUAUGAGUCAUGAUUUAUUAUUAACUAAAGAGAUGUCAAGAUUUUUCUUACCGAAUUCAGCAAAUACUCGUAGUAUGAAUUAUGAUAGUAUAAAUAGUGCUUCUAAACUUCAACCACUUUCUAGCGGAUUGUCAAUUUCAUCAAAUUUUAAUAUAACAAAUUCUACAUCAGUUAAGCGUGUAGAACUAGAAGGAGUUGGACCAUCAUCUUCAUCAUCUUCCAUUGACAGUGUUUUCUGUAAUCGUAUUGCAACUACUUUAAAUGGACAAAUACAUGGAUCCACUACACCAGGUUCAGUUUCAUUUGAUAAUGUAUUCCGUACACAGUCAGAUUCCUUUGGGAUAAAACUAUCAAAUUCACCGAUGGAAAUUUCAACAAUAACAACCCAACUUACAGAAAAUAUAAAUGCUUCUAGAACCAACUCAGGUGAUUUAAAUCCUUCACAAUACAGCUUUAUGAACUCAUCAGAAUAUUUAAGAAACAAUAAUAGUAAUAUUUCAGUUAGUCAACAAUUGCCUCCAAUAUACCAAACUAUGAUUCACAAAACAUUACCAUGUAUACCAAACUCGAAUCCUACAACUGUUUCUUCACUUUAUAAACCUACUAUUUCAGAUGCAUAUAUUGGUUCAAUGAAUAUAAGUAACAAUACACAACAUCAUGAAGAUAUAGAAAUAGAUUAUACAACGUACUAUAGUACAGAAAAAGAUUCACAAAUAAGUGGCUCACAUUCAACCCCAAUAAAAAUAAACCAUCAUAAUUUAUACGAAAAUAACUUCAAUCUUAUACAAAAUUCUCAGGGUUUAUUGUUAACUUCAAAAGAUUUGAAUUUACUCAAUCAAAAUAAUGAACAAUUAAAUAAUGAUCUUGACGUACGUUGGUCUAAUGAACAUAUAUGUUGGCCAUGUGGUACAUCCGUUAAACGAAAUCAGAUAUUCAAUCCAAAAGAGUGUGAUCAUACAGAUAUUCCUACAAAUUCAAUCGAAUCCCAUUUAUACACUAAUGAAAUUUUUAGCAUUUCUCAAAUGAAUACUAAUACUAAUACUUGUAGUAAUAAUAAUAGUCCAACUGUUCAUGAUUUCAAUGAUCCUACAAGAAGAUUUCAAGAAUAUAGUAAUAAUAAUAAUUCAUUGUAUACAAGAGCAUUAUUAUCUCCAUCUUCUAAAAAUAAUUCACAAUUAAUUGAUUCAAAUAUACAACAUAUCAAUUUAACUAAAUCAGAUGAAUCAAAUCAAAUUAAUUAUUCAAUGAAUUCAAUUGAUAAUAAAAUGAAUAUUCAUAUAGAUGAUUCAUGUCUUUCUAAUUGUUCACAAAUUGAUAAUAAUCAAAAUAAAAAUGAAGAAAUUCAUGAACGUAACGAAGUUUUGGAAUACAAUACAACAACGGAUUCAUUAUCAACAUUCAUUACAAGUCCACAUUCUCAAAAACAUAACUACAUGUGAAUAUUUAUUUGGUUAAUUAAUUAACUACUUAAUUGUUUAUGAGUAGUAUAGUGUACUACUUAAAAUUUCAUCACUUUUACGAUUGUUUUUUCUUGUUUCUUUUAACUCCUUAUACAUAUAUAUAAGUAAAAACAGUUUCGUCAAAUGUUCAACAUAAAUAUAUGCAUAUAUUUUCAUUUAAACUUUUACACUGACGUAUAUAUGAAUAUAAAAUAACAGUUUUCUUGGAUAUUUCGUUCAUGCACACUAAUACACGUUUUGUUUUAAUCAAUCAUCUGUCUUCUUUACCAUAUUAUUCGUUGUUUUUCUCGUGAAAUUCAUCUAUCUAUAUAUAACUGCAUAUAUAUCAGUAAUAAUAUGGUUAAAAAAGAAAUACUACUAACUAUUAAGAAUAGAAGUGGCUUUUUGUGAUUUUUCUUUCAUAUUUAACAAUUCACAAAAUGCAAUUUCUAAACUAUAAUCUAAAUGCAUGUGUGUUCACAUUGAAAAGAACAAAAAAGUAAACGGGUCUCCUUUUUAUCUUCUUUUAUUUCUCAGUUAACAGUUUUAAAAAAUAUAUAUAUAUAAUUAUGCUGAAUAAUUGUGAAUCAAAUAAUGAUCACUGAAUCUCAUUGAUUGUUCUAUCUUAGUAUAUGUUGCUUUGUCAAUAAAUCAAGAAAAAGAAAAAAAGAUAAUAAGCGAAGAUGAAUAGUG